GUUUUUGUCAUGUGAUUAAUGUGCGGGAAGCAUCAUGUGAUAUCAGCAAGCUAUUUUAGUACAAAACUCAACUAAUUGAACGCUGCAUUCGUCUACAUGACUUCGUAGGAGCCAUGGCUUCCUUAAAGUUAGCCCUAAUUUCUGUCGCACUGCUCCUGAUGAUUACCGUAUGCAGUUGUAAAUACGAGCCUACCUGGGAAUCCAUCGACUCCCGACCUUUGCCAGAGUGGUAUGACCAGGCCAAGUUCGGAAUAUUCAUUCACUGGGGAGUGUUUUCUGUUCCAAGCUUUGGCAGCGAGUGGUUCUGGUAAGCUGGUUAGCCAAUACUUUUGUGCAAUACAGAAAGUAAUUAGUUGUUUCUUCAUCAUAAGGCCUACUUUAAAUGCACAAUCUACAUUUCCUGUUGUGGUCAAUUCAAUAAAUGAUAUAAAUUAUUGAAGAAUUUAAAUGCUUUGAUGCAACUGUACCUCACUCCCCAAGCCCAUUUGUUUAGUUAUUAUAAUUUUUUAAAGAAUUUGUGUGGAUGUUUAUUCCAGGUGGUAUUGGCAGAAGCAGAAGCAAAAGCCCUAUGUUGACUUCAUGCAGAAGAACUAUCCUCCAGACUUCAAGUAUCAAGACUUUGCCCCACAGUUUACAGCUGAGUUCUUUGAUGCCAAAGAAUGGACUGACAUAUUUGCCUCAUCUGGGGCAAAAUAUAUUGUCCUCACCACGAAACACCAUGAAGGUAGGCUCUUUGUGUGUGUGUGUGUGUGUGUGUGUGUGUGUGUGUGUGUGUGUGUGUGUGUGUAAUGCAUUCUCUACUGAAGCCAUUUUAAUAAAAAUAAUCAUUCUUAUGAUUCCACGUGAUUAGGCCUAUAAAAUUGUAUUUGUGGUUUAUUGUUAUUGUCCUAUCUGCAGGCUUCACUCUAUGGGGUUCUAAGAACUCCUGGAACUGGAACGCAGUGGAUGUAGGUCCUAAACGUGACCUAGUCGGAGAAGUGGCUGGAGCACUCCGAGCCCACAGCGACCUGCAUCUGGGACUGUACCACUCUCUGUUUGAGUGGUUUAACCCGCUUUUCGAGCAGGACGCUGCCAACCUGUUCACUACCAACCUCUUCCCCACCACUAAGACGCUGCCCGAGCUCUAUGAGAUCAUCAACAAGUACAAGCCGGAGCUGCUGUGGUCCGAUGGAGACGGGGAUGCUCCUGAUAAAUACUGGAACAGCACCGGAUUCCUGGCUUGGCUGUACAACGAGAGGUACAGUCAUAGAGAUAAUAGGCUGAAUCUACCGCACUCCCAAAAACUAUUAGUGAAGGUGCUGGAGGCAAAAUGCAAAACUGGAGAAAGCAGAAAAAGUCUGCACACUUCCAGUCAGAUGCACAUUUAUUUUAAUAGUAGCUGAACUUUCAGUCAGUCGACCUCCGUCAGAGCAUAUCCACAAACAAAAGUGGGAACAGUCAUAGAGAUAAAAUAUGAUGUAAUAUGUUUAGGGAAAUAAUAUACAAUAAGUGUUCUAAAUCCACUUGCCUUUACAAUGAGAGGUAGGGACAUUAUGGGCUAGGACACAGAUUAAGUCUGGUCCUGGACUAGAACGCACUUUUAAUGGAGAUUCUCCAUUCAACAUGCUUUUUAGUCUAGGACUAGGCUUAAUCAGUGUCCAGGGAAACUGGCCCUAAAUGUAUAAAAAUAUACACCGAUGACUUUUUGCAGUUAUAGGUCUAUUUAAAGUGUCAGUUAGUGCUAUGGAGUAUGCUGUAUGCACCAACAGUAUGAACAUCACAUGCUUCAUGAUAUGUUUUAAUUUAAUGUGUCGUCUUCCCUCCCCCCAAAGCCCAGUUCGAGAGACCGUGGUGACCAAUGAUCGUUGGGGCUAUGGCAGUAUCUGUACCCAUGGAGGCUACUAUACCUGCGCUGAUCGCUACCAGCCUGGACACCUGCUCAAACACAAAUGGGAGAACUGCUUUUCAAUAGACAAAGCUUCCUGGGGUUACAGGAGAAACGCCCAGCUUAAAGACUACUCCACUAUCGAGCAGCUUGUUGCGGUUAGUUUUAAAUGGUUCGGAUAGCACUUUAGUUUUUACGGUAAACAGGAGAUUCAGAACCUUAAGAUCACUUACUACCCCACAAAACUUCUUCCACUACCAUAACAAACUUUUUGUAGCUGAAUCAGUCAUAAUCCUGUUUGUAUAUGAUAUAGUAUAACUCAUAAACAGCAUAAUUUAACUGUAAAGUGCACUCAAAGACUAAAGUCUUUUGACUUGUUUUUGAAAUCGCUGCUGGUCCCGUGUGUUUCUUGUGUAACACUUUACAACUGUGUUUUUUGGGUAACCUAAAUGCUCUACUCUACAGCAUGACUUGCUUGGCUUCAUUCUUCUCUCCUAGAUCGAAAAUUGUACACUACAGUAGAAUAUGUGCGAAGCUAGUAGGAAUCUAUUUUGUUAUAGGGGAGACUGAAAUGUGGUUACUUUUCCAGCCCCACACAACUAAACUACCCAACAAAAUGUUGCUGGGAACAGUGCAGGGUCGGCUGUAUUCCUGCCUAUGGAAGAUGUUAUAAUAUUUCAUGUAGCUGUCAUAAAGGCUUUAUGAGUGCAUACUUGUGUCCUGCGUGAUUCAGACGUUGGUGGAGACCGUGUCCUGUGGAGGGAACCUGCUGCUGAACAUUGGACCUACGCACGACGGACGCAUCGCCCCCAUCUUUGAGGAGCGUCUGAGGCAGAUGGGUCAAUGGCUGGUGGUCAAUGGAGAGGCCAUCUACAACACCACCGCAUGGAGGGCCCAGAACGACAGCAUCAUACCUGGCAUUUGGUCAGUUCAUAAUGAUAAUAUUAAUAAUAACUAGAAAUUGUACUUUUUUCAUGAAGAAAAAUUGACUUUCUUCAGAAGUAGUUUUGUGUUAGUGGAAAAAGUUUAAAUUGUUGGAGGCUAGUUUAAAAACAAUAAUGAGGGUAGCGUAGUAGUUAUUUGUAUUUUAAAUAGUAGUGGGAGAGUAGCAUUUAGUGACUGUAGCCCAGAAGUAGUAGAAGUUGGAGUAUUGACUGUGGUAGAAGUAGGCCUAAUAUGACAUUUCAAUUUUAUUUUACCAGGCUAGUCUCAUUGAGAUUGAAAAUCUAUUUUGCAAGAGAGACCUUGCCAAAAAAGCAACAUUUACAACAUAAAACACAAAGCACUACAGUUUAAUAACAUCAGUUUACAUAUUGAACACUUUGGCACAUGGUUUUGGGAAGAAUGGUUCAGUUAGGGGUCAAAACAUUGACAGCCCCCUAAAUCAUUUUCCACCACAGAUUUUACCCUAGCUUUAAAAUCAUUUAAGGAGACGAACUCCUGUAGUUUCAAGUCCUUUUGUAGCGCGUUUCAAGUAGAGGGGGAGCAGAGUACUGGAACGCUUUUUUACCUAGCUCUGUACAGGCCUUAGGAACCGUCAAAGAGAUACAGUCCUGUGAGCGUAGGCGAUAAUUGUCAAACUUACCAAUGACUUAGUCUCCAAAGAGCUAAGGAAGGCCAGCCCACUCCCGAAUAGAGGGUACAGUGAUGGGUGAGCGCUUUGGAGUUUGUAACAAACCUCAGCGCCCCAUGGUACACAGUGUCCAGCAUACGUAAUGACUCCACUGGGGCAAAAAUGUACAAGGUAUCACCAUAGUCGGUAGAAAAAACAAGUCUCCUUCUCGCUUCAAAAGAAAAACAUUACUUAUUUCAAAAAUAAAAACCCAACUUGAGCUAGAUCUUUUUCACAAGACCUACAGGAUAGUAUGUGGGGUUUAAAAGUAAGACACUCAUGUAACAAGAAACCCAGGUACUUGUAAGUUGAUACCCUUUCUAUUUGCUUGCCCUGCAUAGUGACUAUACAUGGAAGAGUCUUGAGGUUUCAUCAGAAAUUUCCUGAAAACCAUCAACUUUGUCUUAUCAGCAUUUAAAAGCAACUUCAGCUGACAGAGCUGAGCCUGGACAAUAGUAAAGGCACAUUGCAAAAUGCCUUAUAAAUGUAAAGUUUGGGUUAGGUCGAGGCAAGAUAAAAUGGUCAAUUUGACUCACGAACACCAGACUACAAACACUACCACAGACAAAGCCUGACAUUCUGCCAUCUUGGAUUCUCAGUCUAUGUAGAUUGAGUGUAAUACUAGUGCCAGUUACUGUUGGCGGGUUCUACAAUCCUGACGAGUUUCAUCAAAUUUGACAAAUCGGAAAUGGCCGUUAUAGCCCUAAAUGGAGUGGCCAUAUGACCACAAUUACUAUUCCUUCACAAACUGUCAGACAGUACAGAGACUGUGUCCGAAAUCUGUACUACUUACUAAAAUUACAUACUGUGUACUAAUCGUAAUGCGUACUGUUUAGUAAAAAUGUGAGCCAGCAUGGUUUGUGGAGUUUGUGAUGAGGAUGCUUAAAGCCACACUCCUUAAUUUGUCAAUACCCUCAGACUGGGCCACCAACAAAAAUGUAAAAAAUGGAGCAAAUGCAUCCUAUUACAUUUUUGCAUGCAAAUAGCACUUGAUUUACGUGCUACAUCUGUAGUUCUUAAGUAAUGACUCCUUGGCAAAAAGAGAGUUAAUCAGAGCAGCCAGCACGCAGGCUCUUUCAACGUGAUGGAAAAUUCAACAUUCAGACUGGUGUGCCCACACCCACACCUGAUGCUUACUUCCAACAGAGGCACUGUGUGCAGAUAAAUGAAAGUUUAACCCUUUCCACAUUUCAUGGAUUUUUUUCUGUUUCAUGUGCUGAGAGAUAUGAGGAAGCAAAGGUUUAAUAAAAAGAGGAAUAGAUUACUAAAAUAUAUAAUAACACAGCUGUAUCUCCUGAUUGGUAGAAUAUAUUUAUAUUAUGAUUGCUGAUUUGUAAAGCAGAAAAGUAUACUAAUAUUUCAUACUGUUGGGAAAGUGGUCACAUUUUCAGUUGUGUUUAAGAGUUGAGAGAAAAAGUAGUUCACACCUUUACUAAAACAGCUGUAUUGUUUGAUUGGUAGAAUAUAUUUCUGUUCUAAUUUUAAGAUUUGAAUAGCAGAGAAGCAUACCAAGUUUUCCCUUACAUUUGAAGUUUUUUUUCUCUAACUUGUUGGGAAAGUGGUCAAAAUAGCUGAUUUGUGUCAAGUCUGUGUUUACAGUGAAUAGAAUGUUGGAAGUUACAUCUUAACAAUGGGAGUUUUUAACAAUGGGAGCUUUAGAAUGUAAAGAAAUCCCAUUUAUUCCCCCCCAAUUUUUUGGGACAAAACACUCACUAGUGGAAAAAGUAUAAAUGUUAUCAAAAAGUUGUAAACAAGCAACCUGGUCCCGACCAGUCUGCCUGUUUUAUUUUUAAGUUUGAAUGGCAUUUCAAGUCAGUAAUAAAUACAAUAUUUAAAGUGUGACUGCUAAUAAUAAUAAUAAUAAUAAUAAUAAUGUAUUAUUAACACCACAGCAUGGGCCCAGAAUGACAGCAUCACCCCUGGCGUCUGGUCAGUUCUUAGCUAGUCAUUUAGUUCCCAGAUUCGUGUGGAAGAAAGGAUAGCCCUAUAUGUUAUAUGGUCACAGUAUGCCUACCAGACACUCUCUCAUGACAGGCUUUCAAUAUAAGCCCACAAAAGUGACCAUAUCUUCCAAAGCUUGUUAGUACUCUAGUAUAAAUCAAAGUUAACAUUUCUUAUAAAAAAAGGCACAGCUUUUCACUAAUAAAUGGCUCAUUAUUGCUUUUGACUGCGUUUCAAUAGGUACACUGCUAAACCACAGGACAAGGCCAUCUAUGCAGUUCUCCUGGACUGGCCUCAGAGUGGAUCUGUCGUUCUGAAUGAACCUGUUGUUUCUACAGGAAAGACUCAGGUAAGAUACAGGAUCACACGGCUACUUUUUGUGUUCUUUGUUUCAUACCUUUUCACAUGUACAAUGUGUAAUUAGAUUGAAAAUAUUGUAUUAUGAUUUGUGAAAAUAAAAUGUAUGAUAUACUGACUGUCUAUUUAAACAUAUACAACCAGGUAGUGUUGGUUGACAGUUGAUGAAAGGGAACAAUGCACCAGGUUUUUUUACAUCUGGAAAACAGGACAGACUGGUAGAACAAACAAGCUACCAAAGCUGCAUUUCCACUCUGAUUGCCUGUUGUUAUUUGAACAGGUGGUGCUGCUUGGUCACAAGCCACUGGACUGGGAGCCGGUGAAGCCUCGUGGUCUGAGGGUGUUUCUGCCUCAACUGUCUUAUAGUCAGAUGCCAUGUCACUGGGCCUGGACCCUACGCCUGACGGGUGCCGCAUAGGAAAGAAGGCAGGGUCGUGUUCAUUACUUUACAGUUUUAAAAGGUUUUGCAACAGAAAACAAAAACAAGAGGUUCUUAUUGAACAAGUUCAGAUAUUAGGCGAUAUCCCUGUUUGAGUCCUUUUUCUUCUGUUCCGUGCCUAUUGAAUAUGACCCAGUUUUAAGCAGAGGGGUGCAGUGCUAGGCCGCUGCAGACCUGGCGGGAGGGUCUCAAUGUUAGGCUAGCUGGUUUUUCUUGCUUCUCAACUAUGGGCGCAUUUGUUUUGCAUUUCCUGGUGCCCUUGGUUCCAAUGGUCCUAAAGUGAAACCUCCACCCACCUGGGGCACUGGGCAAUUCAAAUGAGCACACCCAGUUUUAUAGAAUUGUGAGGAAGUGAAAGAGCUUGUAGCGCAUGUGCCACUCCUUUACAGAGGGGCCAUUAUUGUGAACUUUGCUUAGACCAUGGUUUAAACCAUUGGUCUAAAAUGGUUAGCUGCUAGCUUUUCUCAUAGGCCAACCUAGCCUAUGAGAAAAGCUAGCAGUUGGCCAUUUUAGACCAAUUGUUUAAACCAUGGUCUAAGCAAAAGUUCACAAUAAUGGCCCCAGAGUUUUUUUUAAAGUGUGUGGGGAGGACCUUUCUUUGUGUAGAACUGAUGGUAAUUCUGAAACUCAAGAGGCCAGUAUAGAACCUGAAUGUAAACAAAAUAGUCAUCUGUUUUUAUUUUAAGUUAAGAUGGGUAAUGAAAUGGAUUUUUAAUUAAUUGAAUAAUUAUUGACAGGUGUUUUGUUUGCUUUUCAUAUAAUUACUUUUGCACUUUUUUAAAUAAGGGGUUGAUACUGUACUGUAAUUGAAAAUGUGAAUUUCAAAGGAUUUUAUCAGAUUACUUUUUGAUUUUCUGUUAUUGCAUUGUGACUGACCUUCACAGCAACUUUUUAAAGGAAUCACAAUCCAUAUGUAAUUUUUAUUAGGAAUUGAAUGCAUUUGAUACGUUUUAAUUUUGUUGUAUGGCUUUACAAAUUACAGAAAUAAAGUACAUUUUAAUUUAA